AUGAGUACGGCAAUGCAUUCUAGGACCGCCCCUCAUCCGGCCAUGAGUACGGCAAUGCAUUCUAGGACCGCCGCUCAACCGGAUAAGACUACGCCAACGGAUUCUGGGACCGCCCCUCAACCGGCUAAGAGUACGACCACGUAUUCCGGGACUUCUAAACCGGAUAAGACUACGGCAACGGAUUCUGGGACCACCCCUCAACCGGCCAUGAGUACGGCAAUGCAUUCUAGGACCGCCCCUCAACCGGAUAAGACUACGUCAACGGAUUCUGGGACCGCCCCUCAACCGGCUAAGAGUACGGCCACGUAUUCCGGGACUUCUCAACCGGCUAAUAGUACGGCCACGUAUUCCGGGACUUCUCAACCGGAUAAGACUACGGCCACGGAUUCUGGGACCGCCCCUCAACCGGCUAAGAGUACGGCCACGUAUUCCGGGACUUCUCAACCGGAUAAGACUACGGCAACGGAUUCUGGGACCGCCCCUCAACCGGCCAUGAGUGCAGAUUGGAAUUUAUGUGUUUAUUAA